GCGCGCUCCUCCCCGCGAGCACUAAGGCAAAGUGUAAAAAUGGCGUCCAUCAUGGAAGGGCCGCUUAGCAAAUGGACUAACGUCAUGAAGGGGUGGCAGUACCGCUGGUUUGUACUGGACUAUAACGCCGGGUUGCUGUCAUACUACACUUCCAAGGACAAGAUGAUGCGUGGCUCUAGAAGAGGCUGUGUGCGACUUCGGGGAGCUGUGAUUGGAAUCGAUGACGAGGACGACAGCACUUUCACCAUUACCGUGGACCAGAAGACUUUCCAUUUUCAGGCCCGUGACGCAGAUGAGCGGGAGAAGUGGAUUCAUGCCUUAGAAGGGACGAUUCUUCGGCACACCCUUCAGCAGGAGGCAGAGACAGGAUUCGUUCCCAGCGUUCAAGACUUCGACAAGAAGCUAGCUGAAGCUGAUGCAUAUUUGCAGAUUUUGAUCGACCAGUUAAAACUCUUCGAUGAAAAGAUUAAAGACUGCAAGGAAGAUGAGUCGCGCAGUAAAAUCGAGAACCUGAAGGACACAACUUGUAGUAUGGUAGAGUCCAUCAAACACUGUAUCGUACUACUACAGAUUGCCAAGGAUCAAAGUAACGAACAGCAACACGCAAACGGACUGAUAAGCACCAUAAACCCAGUGGAUGGGGUAUUCCAGCCUGCCCCUCUCAACACAUCUGAAGUUAGUGCCAUGCCAACACAGACCACUCUACCCACAGAUGGAGCUCAGGUGUGUAAAACCGAACAGAGGCCUUCUUCAUUACCCAUGGGCCCCGUUGUCACGGUGAUGGGCAGCCUUCAGACCCCCACUCCCAACAGCACAGGGAGUGGUCCUUCAGCUCCCAGCAGCAGCGUGACUUCCCCCAGUCACAUGAACGUACCACCCCACACUGUCCCUGACUUCUCCUAUUCCAGCAGUGAAGAUGAGUUUUACGACGCUGAUGAAUUUUAUCAGAGCAGCACCUCACCAAAACACUGCAUAGAUCUGAAGAGAUCUGCUGCUGUGAACAGUGACGAUAGCACAGCCCUAAAACGGCCAGACACCAACGAAUCAAUCAACUCCUCCAUGUCGAAUGGCACCACUGAUGCAGAUCAGUUUGACAGUCAUGAUGAGAAAGAUGAUGAUGGCGAGGGUGAAUCUGUGGAAGAACACAAAAGUGUCAUCAUGCAUCUGCUGUCUCAAGUGCGACUGGGCAUGGAUCUCACCAAGGUUGUCUUGCCAACAUUUAUCUUAGAGCGGAGGUCGUUGUUGGAAAUGUAUGCAGAUUUCUUUGCACACCCGGAUUUGUUCGUAAGUAUUGCGGAGCAGCAGGAUCCAAGGGACCGCAUGGUGCAGGUGGUAAAGUGGUACCUCUCAGCCUUUCACGCUGGUCGGAAAGGAUCUGUGGCCAAGAAGCCCUACAACCCCAUUCUGGGUGAGGUGUUCUUCUGUCACUGGGACCUGCCUGAAUCAGAGGAUCCUGCUUCUUCUGAGUCUGUAUCAGAUGGGCCAUUGCCGUGGUGUAGCAAAAACAGUGUGUCAUUUGUGGCAGAGCAGGUUUCUCACCACCCUCCUAUAUCUGCGUUUUAUGCUGAGUGUUUCAGCAAAAAAAUCCAGUUCAACGCCCACAUCUGGACCAAAUCGAAGUUCCUUGGAAUGUCUAUUGGUGUCCAUAAUAUUGGUCAAGGUUGUGUGUCUUGUCUUGAAUAUGAUGAGCACUAUAUUCUUACAUUUCCUAAUGGCUACGGGAGGUCAAUCCUCACUGUUCCAUGGGUUGAGCUGGGUGGAGAGUGCAAUAUUUCCUGUUCCAAAUCUGGCUACAGUGCCAAUAUAGUUUUCCACACCAAACCGUUCUAUGGAGGAAAGAAGCACAGGAUAACUGCUGAGAUAUUUGCUCCCAAUGAUAAGAAGUCAUUUUGCUCCAUAGAGGGAGAGUGGAAUGGUGUGAUGUAUGCGAAAUGGGCUACGGGGGAAAAUUCACUAUUUAUUGAUACAAAGAAAACCGGCAUUGUUAAGAAGAAGGUGCGGAAAUUGGAGGACCAGUUGGAGUAUGAAUCCAGAAGUUUGUGGAAGGACGUGACUACGAACCUGAAACUGAAGGACAUUGAUGCUGCGACGGAAGCCAAACACAGUCUGGAGGAGAGACAGAGGGCGGAGGCCAGAGAAAGGAAGGAGCAGGACAUGCAAUGGGAGACGAGACUGUUUCAUGAGGAUGGUGAAUGCUGGGUCUACGACAAGCCUCUCCUGAAGCGAAUAGCAUCGCAACGACACUGAGGCCGUCUCCAAAACCACAGAGUCUAGAAAACAGAACUCUCUCGC